GUGCGUUUUUCAAUCCGUGACACUGGGGACGGAGCAACUAUAUAUGACUGGAAGAAAUUCAUUCUUUCUCACUUACGCUUGUGACCGCAUUUGGAGAGCUCGACGCUUGAAAAACGACGUUUUUAAAAGUUCACGUUGUAGAAUUUCGAAAAGUUAGAAAUGAAUACGUUAACGCUACUUUUGGUUUCGAGCAUUUUAAGCUCAGCAUUUCCAUUGAAUGCCGUUGAAGAAGUUCGCCGCAAGGACUUAAUUGAAACCGUGAGAGAUCCGGGCUUUGACGAGAGCCUAAAGAGUGAAAUGCAUUUCGAGCAAGGGCGCUUUGGUAGGGAAAACAGUGCGACGUUUGAUUUAAACCAAGGCCGCUUUGGACGAGAAAAACAAGGACGAUUUGGCCGUGAGACGCAGGGUCGAUUUGGUAGGAUGAAUGUCGCCGAUAUCAGUGCUGAGGUUCAAGGGCGUUUUGGAAGAGAAGACAAGCAGGGACGAUUUGGGAGAAAAGUUGACAGUCAGGGUAGAUUUGGUCGCGAGUCGACCAAAAAGGUUGAAAACGAACGCUUUGCUCGUGUACAGUUUGAGAGGGACGAGCAAGGGAGAUUUGGUCGUGAAUUUCUCAACAGUCAAGGCCGAUUCGGAAAGAAAUGAAGACUUUAAGCAACAGUAACUGUGCACGAAAAGAAAAGGAAUUUAUUCAAGAAGGAUUUUGAAGUAUUUUAGGAGAAACAGAAAGUUCAGGAUGUUCAAUAUACUUAAAGUAUUGUUAAUUGUAGAUUAAAAUCACUCAAUGUCAAACUACCGUUUCGGAACAGUAAUAUAUGUAUUUUCCAUAUGCCAUGCAUAAA